GCGUUCUGAGCCAUUCAACAUCGUAACGAUCCCCACGUCUCUUCUUGCAUUUCCCCCUCUUACCUCCUCUCCUUCUUAUCUGAACUUGAUACCCGAAGCUGAGGAAAAGGAUCUCAUCUGCCUAGUGCAUUCCUCCGACCUCUAGAAAUACCUCCCCCUUUCCUUCCUGACCUCGACCCCUCCCCCUAGCCAUCCGCUAUGCAGUCCAUGCUUACCAAGGUAUGGUUCGCUCUUUGAACCUCUAGUAGGGGGAAUGAAAUCACUUAUUCUACAAAAUAGUUCGAAUCUAAAUCUUCACGAGCGAAAGGCAUUGCAUUCCAUCCUAAACGGUUGCUCUCCCUGCCGUCUCUCUUUCCGGAUUUUUUUUUUGAUGUUAUGUCGUUUACUAAUUCCGUGAAAUUGAAAUUAAUUUAGGCCAUGGAUCCUUGUCUCACUUCACACCUCUACCAUCCAACUUUGGGAUUACCGUAUGGGAACACUGAUAGAUCGGUUCGAGGAGCAUGACGGACCUGUUCGGGGAAUCGAUUUCCAUCGUACUCAGCCGCUGUUCGUGUCGGGGGGUGAUGAUUACAAGAUUAAAGUCUGGUCCUAUCAGACCCGCCGUUGCUUGUUUACCUUGAAUGGACAUCUCGAUUAUGUUCGGACCGUAUUUUUCCAUCAUGAACUUCCCUGGAUUCUGUCCUCCUCGGAUGAUCAAACGAUUCGCAUAUGGAAUUGGCAGAAUCGGUCGUUAAGUAUGGAGCUCUAUGCUUUUUGGGUUGAGCUUGCGAUCUUUUGUGGAUUCUUGACUGAUAGUGUCUAACUUAGUUUGCACAAUGACUGGCCAUAAUCAUUACACUAUGUGCGCCCAGUUCCACCCCAAGGAGGAUCUAAUAGUCAGCGCUUCCCUAGAUCAGAGCGUCCGUGUGUGGGAUAUCUCGGGGUUACGGAAGAAGCAUUCGGCACCUACAUCAAUGACAUUUGAAGAUCAGAUGGCCCGCGCAAAUGCUAACCAGGCAGACAUGUUUGGGAAUACGGAUGCAGUGGUGAAGUUUGUGCUGGAGGGUCACGACCGGGGUGUCAAUUGGGUCUCCUUCCAUCCUACCUUGCCGUUAAUCAUCUCAGCUGGCGAUGACAGGAAUGUAAAAUUGUGGAGAAUGAGUGGUAGGUGACGAAUUGCGUAAUUUUGGGUUUACCGAGAGCGCAAGAAGCUAAAAUGCUACUUGUGCAGAAACCAAGGCUUGGGAAGUCGACACCUGUAGAGGCCACUUUCAAAAUUCGUCAGCUUGUCUCUUCCAUCCUCACCAGGAUUUGAUCCUAUCGGUAGGGGAGGACAAGACGAUUCGAGUUUGGGAUCUGAAUAAGAGGACUGCGGUGCAGUCUUUCAAACGGGAAAAUGAUAGAUUCUGGGUCAUUGCCGCUCACCCGGAGAUUAAUUUAUUUGCUGCCGGUCACGAUAACGGUGUGAUGGUCUUCAAGCUAGAACGGGAGAGACCAGCAUAUGCGAUCCACCAAAACAACCUCUUCUUCAUCAACAAGGAGAAACACGUGCGGUCUUUUGAUUUCACGCAAAAUAUUCAGAGCCCGUCUAUGUUGUCCUUGAAGAAAUUGGGCGCACCGUGGGUUCCACCAAGAACAUUGUCUUACAAUCCCGCUGAACGUUCGAUUUUGGUCACGUCUCCCACGGACGGAGGAAUCUAUGAGCUUAUCAAUUUGCCAAAGGAUGCUUCUGGCGCCGUUGAGCCGACUGACACUAAGCGAGGCACCGGAAACUCCGCGGUGUUCGUUGCCCGAAAUCGUUUCGCAAUCUUUAAUUCAAGUUCGCAAACCAUUGACAUUAAAGAUCUCUCGAACUCUACUACCAAGACGAUCAAAACACCCACCAACAUCAAUGAUAUAUUCUUUGGCGGCACUGGUUGUCUAUUGCUCUGCGCACCCUCGACUGUCAUUCUCUACGAUAUCCAACAGAAGAAGACUGUUUCUGAAUUGGCUGUAUCUGGCGUUAAAUACGUCGUGUGGUCAAACGAUGGGCUCCACGUGGCGUUACUUUCAAAGCACAAUGUUACUAUUGUUACGAAAACUCUUGAACAGGUUUCUUCUCUCCAUGAGACCAUCCGCAUCAAGAGCGCGACCUGGGAUGAUGUCGGCGUGCUCUUAUAUUCCACUCUGAACCAUAUCAAAUAUACUCUAUUGAAUGGGUGCGCUAUCUUGCUUCCUUCCCAGAUUUAUAUGAACAUGCGCCUAACGAUGGUAUUGUAGUGAUAAUGGGAUCAUUCGUACUUUGGAUGAGACUAUAUACCUUACUAAAGUUAAGGGGAGAAGUUUAUUCUGCCUUGACCGCCAGGCAAAACCGAAGCUUUUGGACAUUGAUCCUACCGAAUAUAGAUUCAAGCUUGCUCUAGUCAAGAGAAAUUAUGACGAGAUGCUUUCUAUAAUUAAGACUUCCAACCUUGUUGGACAAAGCAUUAUCUCCUAUCUCCAGAAAAAGGGAUAUCCAGAGGUGGGUGAUAAAUUAUGAUACGUUCUCGAGUUGGGGCAGCGCUGAUCUCCCCAGAUUGCCCUCCAAUUCGUACAGGACCCUCAGACUAGAUUCGAGCUGGCUAUUGAAUGUGGAAAUCUUGAGGUUGCGGUUGAAAUGGCCAAGGAGCUGGAUCGUCCGAAGCUCUGGACCAGGCUUAGCGCAGAGGCUCUAAGCCAAGGUAACCACCAGGUUGUCGAGAUGGCCUACCAGAAACUCCGGAGCUUUGACAAACUUUCAUUCUUGUACCUUGUCACCGGAGAUACAGAGAAGCUCAACAGAAUGGCAAAGAUCGCCGAGCACCGCAAUGACUAUACCGCCAGGUUUCAAAAUGCUAUCUAUCUCGGGGACGUGGAGACUAGGAUCCAAAUGCUAAAGGAGGUCGAUCUAUGUAGGAAUUUCUUCUUUGCCUACUGCUCUGAUGCGCUGACUUUUGUUCGCCGCAGAUCCUCUUGCGUAUGUGACCGCUAAAGCCCAUGGACUUAAUGAGGAAUGCGAGGCGAUCCUCGAAGCUAGUGGUUUAACGGAGGAGGACAUUAGGAUUCCUGAGAUUAGCAUACCAGUCUCGACCCCCAGAAAUAUAGUUCCAACGCAUCAAACGAACUGGCCUCUUCGGGCUGCUUCUCAGUCGUUCUUCGAGAAGGCUUUGUUGGGUCAAGUUGAGUCAAUGGCGAUCGAGGAUGAAACACCUUCUGGAACGAACGGCUUUGGUAUGGAUGAGGAUGCUGAUGAUGGCAAAAGGUAUAACGGAGAUCUCUUGGAUGUAGAGGGGGAAGAAGAUGCUGCAGGAUGGGAUGUGGGAGAUGACGAUCUCAAUCUGGAGCAAGCCGAUGAACUUGCUGUUGAAACCGAUGGCGCUGGUGUUGGUAUGAGUGAGGCAGAGUUAUGGGCGAGGAAUUCACCAAUUGCUGCCGAUCAUGUAGCGGCGGGAUCAUUUGAAACCGCCAUGCAACUUUUAAAUCGCCAAGUCGGUGCCGUAAAUUUUGAACCUCUGAAGCCGAGGUUCAUGGAGAUUUACCAGGCUAGCAAGACUUACCUGCCCGCAACCGUUGGCCUCCCUCCACUGGUUAACUAUGUCAGGCGCACUGUUGAGGAGACAGAUUCCAGGAAAAUUUUACCUGCCAUUCCUAGAGAUUUGGAAAGUGUACGCACCAAUGAUCUCCAGAAGGGAUUCGCUGCAAUGAAGGCCAAUAACCUAGAGGAAGGGGUAAAAAUAUUUAGGGGCGUGUUGCAUAACCUUAUAUUAACCACUGUGCAGAGCAAGUCAGAGAUUGAAGAGGUUGGUCUCUCAUUCCUGUGUAUCGUACUCCACUAACUCAAUCUCGGCUGAUAGGCAAAAAAGAUUAUCCGCACUGCUACGGAGUACAUCAUUGCUAUGUCAAUUGAAUUGGAGCGUAGGACUAUCGCAACCGAUGAAUCCCAGACCAAGCGUAACCUAGAGUUGUCAGCAUACUUUACCAAGCCCACCCUUGAGCUUCCUCACAGACAGAUUGCUCUCAUGUCUGCGAUGAAGCUAGCAUACACAAAGAAGAACCAUAUCCUCGCUGCACACUUUGCAUCCCGGGUAUUGGCUAAUAGCAGCCAAGGGAAGAAUGCUGAAAAUGUAGGGUCUCACCAGGGGCGAGUGACAUGUUGUGAUUGGACCACCGCUAACGAUAUGAAGGCGCGUAAAAUCAAGACCGUAUCGGAGCGUAGUGGACAAGACGCCAUUGAGAUUGAGUAUGAUCAGUUUGCGGAAUUUGACAUUUGCGCGGCUUCCUACACCCCUAUAUAUAGUGGACAGCCAUUUGUACAGGAUCCAUUUACGGGGGCAAAGUACCAUCCGAGGUACAAGAGAAGUAUUUGCAGGGUUAGUCAAGUUACAGAGAUUGGAGCGCCAGCAUCAGGGCUCAGGCUAUUGGCACAAUAGAUAUCUCGGCUGUCAUGGUUGGGUAG